UAAAGCGUUGCUAAUGUGAAUAUUUGGCUAAUUUCUUCACAUUUUAGAAAUUGUAUUGGUCAACAUUGUGUGCCCUGAAAAUGAAAUUCAUCUGUAAUUUACAACGUCAACAAAAAAGGUUAAAUAAUGUAGCCUUAAUAGUUUGUACUGUACUUUAAGACAUUGUGCUAUGAGAAAAGGAUUUUUGUUUCCCCAUAUUCUCACCGUCAGCUCUGAAUCACAUCUCGAUUUCAUAUCUUCAUUUCAUUCUCACUUUCAUUUUGAUUUAACAUAAUGUUUUUAUAUUAUCAUCAAAAUGAGAGAAUGUUUCACACAUUUAUGACUCGUUGGUUUUACCCGCCAUAAACUACACAGUGGUGUAAAUCCGGCUGUUUAACGCUGAUGAGGAGUCAUGGCCGCGUCUUCCUCCAUUAAAGGUUCAGUCCCCUGAGUGGCCAUGAUAUUCACUUUAAUAGUAUUUUACAUAGUAAUAUUUUAGAGUUUAAGUGUUGCAUAAAAUAAUGUCAAUAAUACCCUCAACCACAAACGUGUGUGAGUCCUACAGUGUUCCUGCUCAUGCAUGGGGCUCAUGCUGUUCCCAACGAGAAAAUGAUCUCUAGUUGCAAAUUGCAUGUUUUCAGAUGUGCUGGUGGACGUGGAGCGGAGGAGACGAGAAGACAACAGGAAAGCUCAGGUGUAUUCCAGGUGUGCCAUAGCUCUGGCCACUGUGGCCACUUUGCUUCUGGCCGCCAUGGCCCUCUAUAACCUGCUGACACCGAGAGUCUCCUCCCCCCAUCCCGCCCCGAGCAGCAGCCUCCGUCUGCCGCAGGCCGAGUCCUGCUCAGACCCCUGCAAGAUCGUUCUGGUGGAGAGCAUCCCUGAAGGCCUGACGUUCAACUCCAGCACCUCUCACCCCUCCAUCUACCAGGCCUGGCUCAAUCUGAUGGGUGAGGCUCGCAGCAGUGUCGACAUCGCCUCCUUCUAUUGGACGCUCUCCAACGAAGACACUGGCACUCAUGAGCCGACAGCCAAUCAGGGUGAGACCAUCCUGAAGACAUUAGCCGAACUUUCUGGGAAGUUGUCCGUUCGUAUCGCAGUGAGCACGCCACAGGGGAGUCAACCGCAGGGCGACCUCAGACUGCUCAACGACUCCGGAGCUGAUAUCAGGACCGUUAACAUGAGAGAGCUCACCUCAGGUGUCCUCCACACAAAGUUCUGGGUUGUGGACAAGAAACACAUUUACAUUGGCAGUGCCAACAUGGACUGGAGGUCUCUCACACAGGUGAAGGAGCUGGGCGCGGUGGUGUACAACUGCAGCUGCUUGGCUGCAGACCUGAGUAAGAUCUUUGAAGCCUAUUGGUUCCUGGGGGAGAGUCAGUCGAUCCCGGCACCUUGGCCCACCAGCUUCUCCACCCUCUACAACAAGGACACGCCCCUCCAGCUGCCACUCAACAACACACCGUCCAACGUCUACCUGUCGAGUUCCCCUCCAUCCUUCUGUGCAGCCGGCAGGACUGGAGACCUUCAGUCCAUCCUGAGUGUGAUGGAAGAUGCCCAGAGCUUCAUCUACAUCGCUGUGAUGAACUACCUGCCCACCAUGGAGUUUUCACAUCCUAAAAGGUACUGGGCCGACAUCGACACCCAGCUGAGGAGAGUCGGUUACGAGAAGCGGGUCAAAGUGCGCCUGCUGAUCAGCUGCUGGGCCAGCACCCAACCGGUCAUGUUCCCCUUCCUGAAGUCUCUGGCUUCAGUUUAUGACCCCAAGAGCAAACUGGACAUCCAGGUGAGGCUGUUUGUGGUGCCUGCCAGCCCCAAGCAGAAGGAGAUUCCCUUUGCGAGAGUCAACCACAACAAAUACAUGGUGACUGACAAGAUAGCCUACAUAGGUACGUCUAACUGGUCAGGGGACUACUUUGUGAGCACGGCUGGCUCCGCAUUGGUUGUCAACCAGACUGCAUCAGAGUCCCCGGAGCCAACCGUCCAAUCGCAGCUGAAGGCUGUGUUUGAGAGGGACUGGGACUCCGCCUACAGCACUCCUCUCACCCGGCACUCGAACCUCAAAACCUUGUGCUAGUUUCAACAGCCUUUAUUAUAAAAACUAUAUCAGUGUGAACACUUCUCUUAUAUUUCAUGCAUUUUGCACUCGCCAGCUGAAACAACUGUUCACUGGAAAUCAGCCACAUUUGCUUCGGUCCAAAGGAAGUGAACCUGGUUUAUGCUUUAGUGCCAAACUCCUAUUUGACCAGAGUAAUGUCAAACCCAGUACCACCAGUCUUACACUGUCACGGGUUGUUCAAGGGUGCUGCCUGAUUUAUGUUUUUAUUUUAAGGCAAGAAUUAUUUUUGCCAUCUUCAAUCACUUUGCUGUUUCUUUCAAAGCUGGCCUGGUGAUUUAAACUACACGUGUGGGUUAAACCAGGUAAGAGUUGCUCUGCUGUAACGUUGGAUCAGAAUAUACUGCGACAUGUUGCAGGUAUUGACAAACCAUGAACAGGCAGUUUUUCUUUUUAAACCUCCAACAAACAUGUAUAAAGAACUUGAAUUAAUUUGAUAAUUUUUCAUGUUGAGACACAAUGAUGUUUUCAACCGGCUCCCACAGUCACCAUGUUGACUGAUUUAUUCAUUGAUCACUUUUUCAUUUAAGAAAAUAAAUAAAAAAUGCAUUUAUUUUCUACAACAUCAGCCUAAGUGGGAUUUUAUCCCACGCACCUCAGGGAGUCUUUUCUUAAUUGAUUCUUUUAUUUUUGCUGUAGUCUGGAACAAUAACCGCUGUGUGCUGUGUCACAAAUACUGCUUAUAAAACUCUCUGACUGUUUUUAAAAUAAAUUGCAUUCAUACUGAAGUCAGCAGUGUAUACAAUAGACUGAAAGUUUGCAGCGGCAGUAAAUAAGGAUGAACUUUAAUUUCCACUAUGUGGAGUCACUGCAACUACCAAUGAGUGAAGAGGUGGUUGUUAUGACAACUGUUCGAAGAAGCAGCAGUUAUUACCUACAUGUCCUGAUCUACUCCCGCUCUAUAAAAACAUUACUCUCAAUAAAUGGAUUUGAAUCAAA